AUAAUGUUAUUGUUAUUUCUCUCAUCACCAGAUUUCCAGUCUCCAGAUACUGAGUCUCCAGUAGUACUUAUUUCGAAACUAUGGUAUCAGGAUUACUUCGCAGUUGACUUUAAUUUCCCCUGCGCAAUAUGAAAAUGCAGUCCCUUAGAGACUCUUUGGAUCGCUCUUCCAGUCAGAAUGUUCCCGGAUCCACGGAUGUGAGUGAUGUCGCGAAGAGUCUUUUGGAAAGUGCGCCAUGGCAGACCGCUCUGCAGAGUUCCUGGGACUCAUCGGAUUACUUAUACGGUAGCUCGAAAACAACUUCGCUGCGCAGCUUGAUUGCCGUUCGAAAUGAUCGCAUUUUCUAUUGGAACAACAAAGACUCGUGUUUGGUCUCAGCGAAUUUUCGAGAUCCUGAAAUGCAGAACUUCAUCAAAAUCGAAUGUGAUAUUGCUCCGCUUUUCGAAGCGAGAGAAAUUGUAUGCAGUCCGUACGGCAGCUGUGUGGCCGUUGUCGGAGCGCGAGGCUUGAGCGUGAUCAACACUGCAACGGACGACAUUCCUGAACACGGGCGAAAAGUCUCGCAUUGUAUUGCCAUUGCUGAGCGCUUCUUUCUGAACAAUCCGAAAAUCCACAUUCUCCAGUUCGAAUGGUUUUCCAUGCGCGAGACACAUUUUCUCGUUCUGACGUCAGACAAUAACCUGCGUCUGUUCCGCUUGGCAUCUCCCUCGCAGCCGGAUUUGGUGGUCAGUCUGCACGGGAGCUCCAAUAAGCUCAGUCUGCAUAAUUUCACAGCAUUUUGCACUGCUCAUAAUGGUGAUGUCAGCGCGGCGUCAGCCUACUACCGAUCUCCCGAAAACGAAAGCGCCACUGUGACGAUUUUCGCAUUGCGCUCGGAUGGCCUCGUCUAUACAUUCGAUAUGACUGCCGGUUAUGACAGGUGUGUGGCCAGUUCGGUUCGUGGUCCAGUCAAUAACAUUGUUCCGUUUGGUGGGGAUGUUUCUCAUUUUGCCUCCUCCAUUGCUUAUAUCAGUGCCUCCGUCCCCGUUUUGAUAAUUGCAUCCAAUGGUGAUAAGUUAGUACAUGGGUUACUUCUGGAGAAGGAUGAUAUUGAAGCUGACAACACUUCUUCCGGUGCGAUUCUUUCCAGUUCUUGGGAAUUUAUUACGUUGGAAAAGUUAGAGCUUGUGACGUCCGCUGAAAAUAUCCGAAAUUUACCAAAGAGUCAUCACGCCAGACUGCUUUCCAGGCGUGAUAUUCCUGGAUGUUAUGCUUACAUAACCGAACACAGGAUCUUCGGCAUUGCAGUGCCAUGGCUGGAUGAUCUGUCAAUGUUAGAGAACAUGGAUUUGGAAUCACUUCGUUCUUCCGAUGUGCGAACAAUUCUGAGUUCGGAUCCGUUUGAGACAUCGAAUGAUUUGUUUUUCUUGGGUGCUCAAUUAAUCACUUCAGACACAAAUGAAUGUUCCUUGUUGUCCGUUGCAUCGAACGGUCAAGUCAGUAUUCAGCCGAUAUGUGUUAAUGCAUCGUCUGGAAAAAGUGGCUUGAAAAUUCCGGACUUUAAAUCAAAAACUCAGAACAAGUCAAAUUCUGAAGUGCCUUUUUCGGAGCUGAUCCAAAAUUUGCUGAGACGGGAAAGGAAUUUGCCCGUGUUCAAUAUGAAAAACACUGAUCAGUUGUCGGCAGAGGAUUUGCAACAAGUUUUGGACCACGGCGUAUCGAUUUAUACGGAAGAAUAUAUGAACCGUCAAGCCAAAGCAGCGCAAGCUAUCCGGAAUCGGCAAGAACGUCUAAAAGCUCGUAGACGUGAUUUGGCGAAUCUGAUUAGUGCAAUGGACCAAAAAGCUGCAGAGCUGACGGAAAAACUACAUGAAUUCUCAAACCAGUGUGAUUACGUUAGGAUUGAAAUGGAAGAUACGGAUUCUCGUUUGAGCACUCUCCAAAGCAAUUUGUCCGAUUGGAAUCCGGCGCUGACUACGGCUGAGAUGGAGCUGCAAAAUAAUUUAGAUGAAUUGCAUUUCAAAAUUGGGGAUAUCGAAGAGCUUCUAAAGACGGUGGAAGAAAAGCUGGUCUAUCGGCAAAGACAAAAGGAACUGCAUAACGCUGUCACGUCGGCUGCUGGAAUUUCCGGCAACUCUUAUGAGCAGAUGCACAAACAAGCUACGGAUCAAUUGAUCCGUAUGGAAACGAUUAAACGACGAAUUGCCGAUCUGAAGGAAAAAGUUAAAGAAUCUAAUGGCGCAUCGGCAUAAGUAGUUGGGAAUCCACUGGGAUUGAUUUUUAUUUUCUCACUUUUUCUGCAUAGGUUUGUCGAUUGCUUGUACAAGUGCAAUGUUUCUUUAUAUUUAAAUGUAUAGGCACUUGAAAUUUUUAAAUGUUCUCUAUACUUAACGCGUCGUCGAUUUUUAUGAAGCAGUUGGUAUGUUUCUAUAGUCCCUGUACCUAUCUGUACUGUAAAGCAGCAGCACAGACGUUGCCGGUUACAGUAAUUCACAGCUUGAGACUACCAUAAGAAUGUGCAGGGUAUAAAAAAUACAGGUUAGAAUUGGAGCCGAACUUGGGAUAUCUUGGGGCUGAAACUCGGGAUUGGGUCGAUAAUUACUUAAUCUGCCAGUCGUCACUCGAACCGUUCUUCCUGGUCGAGGGCGCGCAUUUGCCUGACGGCUGACAGGCAACCUUUCUGAUGCCAUAGCGUGCUUACAUUAACCCUGCUUCCGAUGCUAUCCUUUCGUCUGCAACUGCAGGGACGGUUCGGCAAAUGCGAUGUUCACUUAGAGCCGAUUGUUGAUGC